AAACAAUUUUUUUUAGUUAACAGUAAAUAAAUAAAAGUUGAGAGAAAACACAAAAGCAAAUUGCAAUGGCCGAAUUCUCAGUGGAACGUGUGGAAGAUAAGCGAACGGUGAAUGGUCGUACAGAAUAUUAUUUAAAGUGGAAGGGAUAUCCACGCAGCGAAAACACUUGGGAGCCGGUCGAAAAUCUCGAUUGUCCCGAUUUAAUAGCAACGUUCGAGGAAUCAUUAAAGAAUAACAAAAAGGAGACAAAAAAACGACUCUCCACAUCAUCCACACCAGAAUCGAUACGUAGUAAAAGGAAAUCAUUCAUGGAGGAAGAAACCGAUGAACAGAAAAAGUUGAUUGGCUUUGAUCGCGGCUUGGAGCCAUCGAAAAUUCUGGGUGCCACCGACUAUGCCGGAUACCUAAUGUUUCUAAUGAAAUGGAAAGGCAGCGAUCACGCCGAUUUAGUGCCCGCCAAACAGGCGAAUGUCAAAUGUCCUCAAAUUGUUAUUCAAUUCUAUGAGGAGCGUCUCACAUGGCACACGGGCAACGGCAAUGGCAACGGCGGCGGAAGCGAUGGAACACCUGGCAGUGCAGCAGGCGCAAGUCCUAGUGGCAGCAUCAACGAUGAGAACAUUAAGCCGGAUGCUGGCGUGGAAUCGGGGAAUGCUGACACCAUUUAAACCAUAAAAACACUUGCAUCGCAAUACGCGACCAUACAUACAUACAUACAUAUGCUCGCUCCUACGUUUUACAAAUUAAUUAUGUCUAUAAUCACUGUGGAACAAAAGCAUCAAGAAGGAUGCGACUAGCAAUAUACAUACAUACAUACAUAUGUAUGUACGAAGGCAGAAAGGAAAAUUUGCUACAACUGUCGGAUCAUUUAUACAAUACAAUACAUACAUACUAAUCAUAAGCAUUAUUGCAUGUUAAUUACAACGCCCAACAGAUUGAAAAUGUUGGACAACUUUCUAAAAUAGUAUAUAUACAUAUUAAUAUGUAACU